AUGAGUUACAUGAAGAAGGAUGAAGAUGCGGACCAGGUCAUGAUCAAGCUUGAUCGGACCUCCGUAUUCCAAGAUGCUCGACUUUUCAACUCCUCCCCUAUCUCGCCGCGAACAUGCCGUACAUUAUUGACCAAGAUUGCGGUCCUCCUCUUCACCGGGGAGCAGUUCCCCACAAACGAAGCCACGACCCUUUUCUUCGGCAUUUCCAAGCUGUUCCAGAAUAAGGACCCGUCUUUGCGACAGAUGGUGUAUCUAAUCUUGAAGGAGCUGGCAAACACUGCAGAAGAUGUGAUUAUGUCGACUAGUAUCAUCAUGAAGGAUACCGCGGUCGGAAGCGACGUCUUGUAUCGGGCCAACGCUAUCCGAGCACUCUGUCGCAUCAUUGAUGGAUCAACUGUGCAGGGUAUUGAGCGACUCAUCAAGACUGCCAUUGUCGACAAGACUCCCUCGGUCUCCUCCGCCGCCCUGGUCUCCUCGUACCACCUCCUCCCCAUCGCGCGCGACGUUGUUCGGAGAUGGCAAAGCGAAACCCAGGAAGCUGCUUCGUCUUCGAAGCAAUCGACUGGUUUCCUGGGCUUCUCAUCUGGCUCCCAGGCUCAUGCUAUCUCUAAUUCCAACUUCAUGACCCAGUAUCACGCAAUUGGUCUGCUGUAUCAGAUGCGUUCUCCUGAUCGCAUGGCAUUGGUAAAGAUGGUUCAGCAGUACGGUGCAGCUGGUGUGGUAAAGAGCCCGGCAGCUUUGGUCCUGCUGGUUCGUCUGGCCGCCAAGCUGGCGGAGGAGGACCCUGGUCUCCGGAAGCCCAUGGUGCAGAUGCUGGAUGGCUGGCUCCGUCACAAGCACGAGAUGGUCAACUUUGAGGCCGCAAAGGCUAUUUGCGAGUUGCGGGAUGUCACCGACGCCGAAGCUUCCCAGGCCGUUCACGUUCUGCAGCUGUUCCUGUCUUCUCCUCGAUCGAUCACGAAGUUCGCUGCUAUUCGCAUUCUCCACAACUUCGCCUCCUUCAAGCCGCACGUCGUCAACGUGUGCAACCCCGAUAUCGAAUCGCUCAUUUCAAACUCCAACCGCUCUAUCGCCACAUUCGCCAUUACUACCCUGCUCAAGACUGGUAACGAAGCCAGUGUUGACCGUCUCAUGAAGCAGAUCUCGGGCUUCAUGGCCGAUAUCACCGAUGAGUUCAAGAUUACUAUCGUUGAGGCUAUCCGCACAUUGUGUCUGAAGUUCCCUAGCAAGCAGGCUGGCAUGCUGGUCUUCCUCAGUGGCAUUCUGCGCGACGAGGGUGGCUACGAGUUCAAGCGUACUGUUGUGGAGAGCAUGUUCGAUUUAAUCAAGUUUGUUCCUGACAGCAAGGAAGAUGCUCUCGCUCAUCUUUGCGAGUUUAUCGAGGACUGCGAAUUCACUAAGUUGUCCGUUCGUGUCCUGCAUCUGCUUGGUGUUGAGGGCCCUAAGACUUCUCACCCCACUAAGUACAUCCGUUACAUCUAUAACCGUGUUGUUUUGGAGAACGCCAUUGUCCGCGCCGCUGCCGUGACUGCAUUGGCCAAGUUUGGUGUUGGCCAGAAGGACCUUGAAGUCAAGUCCAGUGUGCAUGUUCUGCUUACCCGCUGCCUUGAUGAUACCGAUGAUGAGGUGCGCGAUCGUGCUGCCCUCAACCUUCGGUUGAUGAGCGCCGAAGAUGACACAGCCAGUGCAUUCAUUAAGAACGAUUCCAUGUACUCCCUUUCCACCUUUGAGCACCAGCUCGUUAUGUAUGUGACCUCGAACGACAAGCAGACAUUCGCUGCGGCCUUCGAUGUUGCUUCCGUCCCCGUUGUCUCCCACGAGCAGGCCUUGGCCGAGGAGCGGACCAAGAAGCUCACAACAGCCACACCCACUCUCAAGGCUCCUUCGGCCGGUCCUCCCAAGGGCAAGUCGAACGGAGUUGCCGAGGCAGCCACUGCUGCUGCUACCCAAAAAUACGCCGAGCAGCUUUUGCAGAUUCCAGAUAUCAAGGAGUACGGUACCUUGCUCAAGUCCUCCGCACCUGUCGAGCUUUCAGAAAGCGAGACCGAGUACGUUGUCACUGCUGUCAAGCACAUCUUCAAGGAGCACGUUGUUGUGCAGUACGAUAUCAAGAACACCCUCCCCGAUACUGUCCUUGGGAACGUUACCGUGGUUGCCUCACCAUCCGAGGAUGAUGUCCUAGAGGACGACUUCAUAAUUCCCGCUCCUAAGCUCAUGCCCAAUGAGCCUGGUGUCGUCUAUGUGGCAUUCAAGAAGCUUGGUGGCGAGCACAGCGUCCCUAUUACCUCUUUUACCAACAACCUUAAGUUCACCAGCAAGGAGAUCGAUCCUACUACUGGCGAACCGGAAGAGGAGGGCUACGAUGACGAGUACCAGGUGGAAGACCUCGAGCUUACUGGAAGCGACUACGUCAUUCCUGCAUUCGCUGGCAGCUUCGACCACGUCUGGGAACAGACUGGAGCUAACGGCGAGGAAGAGAGCGAGACUUUACAACUAAGCAACAUGAAGGGCAUUGUUGAUGCCACCGAGCAACUCAUUUCUGCAUUGUCCCUCCAACCCCUGGAAGGUAGCGAUGUCGCUCUCAACAACAGCACCCACACUCUCAAGCUUUUCGGCAAGACUGUCUCCGGCGGCAGAGUGGCCUCUCUCAUCAAGAUGGCUUACUCCAGCAAGAGUGGCGUCACAACCAAGAUCACGGUCCGGGCAGAAGAGGAGGGCGUUGCUGCUGCGGUGCUCGCAUCUGUCACUUAA